GGAUGCUCUCUCUCCCCUUGGUGCUCCCAGCCUUGGCCUACGUCUGUCUGACUGACACUUGUACUUCUUCCGCCUUUGCUGCUUAUCCUUCAUUUUCCUUUCACAUUUUCGUUUCCAUAUAAAUCCCGAUCCAUUAUAUAUAUAUAUAUAUAUAUAUACACACACACACGAGAAACAGUUUCUCAUUCUUUGCUUUUUCAUUAAUUUUUUGCCAAACUGCCUAUCGCUGUCAACUUUCUCUUCCUCGGCGGAAAAUAUGGCGGAAAACGGAGCUUUCAGCUUCACAAAGAGCGGAAGUAUGGGCCGGCAUGGGCUGGCGAAGAUCCAAACCGGCAACAACACGGCGGAGGAGGUUUGUCACGACGACAGUGCACGUCCGGUUAAGGCACAGACGAUCGACGAGCUCCAUUCUCUUCAGCAGAAGAAGUCGACGCCGACCACUCCGAUCGGAGGAACUCCAAGGGGACCUUUCGCUGCAAUUUCCGAUGAACAACGUCAGAGGCAACAGCUCCAAUCCAUCAGUGCUUCUUUGGCAUCGUUGAUGAGGGAAACAGGUCCAAAGGUAGUGAAAGGAGACCCAGCGAGAAAAUCACAGAUCAGCCCAAAAGCUUCCCAAGUUGUUCAUCAUCACGAAUAUCACAUUCCCACUUUGGAAUUCGGCGUCAGUGACAGUGCUCUCAAGUUUACACAUAUUCUCUACAAUCUCUCUCCUGCUGAACUGUAUGAACAAGCUAUAAAGUAUGAGAAAGGUUCGUUUAUAACAUCGACUGGUGCAUUGGCAACACUUUCUGGUGCAAAGACGGGCCGAUCCCCAAGAGAUAAACGUGUUGUCAAGGAUGAGACAACCGAAGAGGAGCUUUGGUGGGGAAAGGGUUCGCCAAAUAUUGAAAUGGACGAACAUACUUUCUUGGUGAACAGAGAAAGAGCUGUGGAUUAUUUGAACUCUUUGGACAAGGUAUUUGUGAAUGACCAAUUUCUAAACUGGGAUCCAGAGCAUAGAAUUAAAGUUCGGAUUGUUUCGGCCAGAGCUUACCAUUCUCUCUUUAUGCACAACAUGUGUAUUCGACCUACAUACGAAGAGCUAGAGAAUUUUGGUACUCCUGACUUCACCAUAUACAACGCUGGGCAGUUCCCAUGCAACCGUUACACUCACCACAUGACUUCCUCUACUAGCAUAGACCUCAAUCUGGCCAGGAGAGAAAUGGUUAUCCUUGGAACACAGUAUGCUGGGGAAAUGAAGAAAGGUCUGUUCAGCGUAAUGCACUAUCUUAUGCCUAAGCGUCAAAUCCUCUCCCUGCACUCUGGCUGCAACAUGGGGAAAGAUGGCGAUGUUGCACUCUUCUUCGGAUUAUCAGGCACUGGGAAGACAACUCUAUCUACAGAUCAUAAUAGAUACUUAAUCGGAGAUGAUGAACACUGCUGGAGUGAGAAUGGUGUGUCAAAUAUUGAAGGAGGUUGCUAUGCCAAGUGCAUUGAUUUGUCCAAGGAGAAGGAGCCAGAUAUUUGGAAUGCUCUCAAGUUUGGGACUGUGUUAGAGAAUGUGGUGUUUGACGAGCAUACUCGAGAAGUGGACUACACUGAAAAAUCUGUCACAGAGAACACCCGUGCAGCAUAUCCUAUAGAGUACAUUCCAAAUGCUAAGAUACCAUGUGUUGGUCCACAUCCCAAAAAUGUUAUCCUUCUAGCCUGCGAUGCAUUUGGUGUUCUCCCACCUGUGAGCAAGCUAACCUUGGCCCAGACAAUGUACCAUUUCAUCAGCGGCUACACAGCUCUGGUUGCUGGAACAGAGGAUGGAGUCAAGGAGCCGCAGGCUACAUUCUCAGCCUGCUUUGGUGCAGCGUUCAUAAUGAUGCAUCCUACCAAGUAUGCAGCAAUGCUGGCGGAAAAGAUGCAAAAGCAUGGGGCUACUGGGUGGCUUGUCAACACCGGCUGGUCGGGUGGGAGAUAUGGGUCUGGUAGUCGUAUCAAGUUAGCGUAUACCAGGAAGAUCAUUGAUGCCAUUCACUCAGGCACCCUUUUGAAAGCAAACUACACAAAGACUGAAGUGUUUGGUCUGGAAAUCCCCACUGAGAUUGAGGGCGUGCCAUCUGAAAUCCUUGAUCCAAUAAACGCUUGGCAAGACAAGAAGGUCUACAGAGACACACUACUAAAUCUGGCCGGUCUGUUCAAGAAGAACUUUGAUGGAUUCACUAAUUACAAUAUCGGGAAGGACAGCAGUCUUACUGACGAAAUUCUUGCAGCUGGUCCCAUUUUUUAAUCGGAAAGCUACUUUGUAGGAAAACUGAAAUGGGAUAAUGUUUAUGCUCAAUUUUAUCAGUCUAUCAGAUGCACGGUGUAUGAAGAAAGAACGUCUUUUUUUUUUUUUUGGGUGAAUUGAACUAAGAAUAUGUCAAUAUGCUGUUUUGGCUACGCUUUGCAAUAUCAUGAUUGUCUUGCUAA